AUGCAGGAGGAGGAGGAGAUCCUGGCGGGGACAGAAGGGGACAGCUUCCCCCUGAUGGACAUGUACAAGCAGGAGACCCCCGAUCCCGAAGCGUGGGACUUUGUCUUGGUGGCCUCCCAGAGCACCCAGAGCAACCGUGAACAGAUGGCGCGGCAGCAGCGCUUCCUGGAUGAGUUGAGAAGGAAGGGCUUCCGGGUUAAGGUGCUGGAGACCAGCAGCCAGAUGUUCUUUGGAAUUGGCACCAACAGCAGGGUCUUGGACCUGUACCAUGCCCUCCUUCUGGAGCCCAAAGGCUCCUUCCCCAGCCCCAGCAAGGACCCCAACUUAGCCGCCACAAGAAUCCGAAUCAUCAACUUCAUCCUGAACAAAAAGACAGAAACUGGAGACACCUUUGAUGAUAUGAUGAAGGACGGGGUCUUUGAGGCCAAGUUCCCCCUGCAUAAGGGGGAGGAAUACCUGAAGAGCAAAUGGGCCCGGUGGAGAGACAUUUUCCAGAAUCAACCGAUUGACAAGAUCAGGGACUACUUUGGCGAGAAGGUGGCACUGUACUUUGCCUGGCUAGGCUGGUACACCUACAUGCUGGUGCCUGCCGCCCUGGUGGGCCUUAUCAUCUUCUUCAGUGGAUUCGCCCUGUUUGAUGCCAGUCAGAUCAGCAAGGAGAUCUGCAAUGCCACCGAUGUCUUCAUGUGUCCCCACGGGGAGCGCCAGCACACCUACCGGCCACUCUCUGACACCUGCACCUUCGCCAAGCUCACCCACCUUUUCGACAACGAGGGCACUGUGUUGUUCGCCAUAUUCAUGGCGUUGUGGGCCACCGUGUUCCUGGAGCUCUGGAAGAGACAGCGGGCACAGGUGGUCCUGCACUGGGAUCUAUAUGGCUGGGACGAGGAUCAGGAGGAAAUGGCGCUGCAGCUCAUCAACUCUCCUGAGUACCAGCCGCGACGCCACCAGCACUCGUACGUGCGCAGCACGAUCAUCCUCGUCGUGUCCCUGCUCAUGAUCUGCCUGCUGAUCGGCAUGGCCCACGUGCUGGUGGUCUACCGCGUGGUGGCUGGCCCCCUCUUCAGCAGCUGGACCUCCGGCAUCCUGAGGGAGGAGUAUGUGACCACAGCCGUGGUGGUGACGGGGGCCGUGGUGCACUACGUCAUCAUUGUCGUCCUGACUAAGGUCAACAAGUAUGUGGCACUGAAGCUCUGCGACUUCGAGAAGCCCAGGACCUUCUCAGAGAGAGAGAGAAAGUUCACCAUUAAGUUCUUCAUGCUGCAGUUCUUCACCCACUUCUCCUCCUUGAUCUACAUCGCCUUCAUCCUGGGCAGGAUUAAUGGCCACCCUGGGAAGUCCACGCGCCUGGCUGGCCAGUGGAAGCUGGAAGAGUGCCACCUCAGCGGCUGCAUGAUGGACUUGUUCGUGCAGAUGGCCAUCAUCAUGAUCCUGAAGCAGACCUUGAGCAACUGUGCGGAAUACCUGAAGCCGUGGCUGACCCAUAAGUGGCGCACCAUGUGUUCAGGGUCCCAUCGCCUGGCCCAGGACCCUGAGCUCGCACACUGGCAGUGCAACUAUCUCCUGAACGAGGUUACCCCCUUCAGCCUCUUCGACGAGUUCAUGGAGAUGAUGAUCCAGUACGGCUUCACCACCAUCUUCGUGGCCGCCUUCCCGCUGGCGCCACUGCUUGCCUUCUUCAGCAACCUGGUGGAGAUCCGCCUGGACGCCAUCAAGAUGGUGCGGCUGCAGCGGCGCCUGGUGCCUCGCAAGGCCAAGGACAUUGGGACGUGGCUGCAGGUGCUCGAGACCAUCGGAGUGCUGGCCGUCAUCGCCAAUGGCAUGAUUAUUGCCUUCACGUCUGAGUUCAUCCCCCGUGUGGUCUACAAGUACCGCUAUGGCCCCUGCAGCCGGGGGACCCCCACCACCCAGGACUGCCUCACGGGCUACGUCAACCAUAGCCUGUCCAUCUUCUACACCAAGGACUUCCCACACGUGGCGGGGACUGAGAGUCCAGAGAACGUGACCGAGUGCAGGUACCGGGACUACCGCCAUGCCGGGGGUGACUACAACCUGUCCGAGCAGUUCUGGUUCAUUCUCGCCAUCCGCCUGGCCUUCGUCAUCCUCUUUGAGCACGUGGCCCUGUGCAUCAAGCUCAUCGCCGCCUGGUUUGUGCCGGACGUCCCUCAGUCGGUCAAGAACACAGUCCUUAGGGACAAGUACCAGAAGCUGCGGGAGAAGCUGUGCUCCAUUUCCAAGAGCACUGAGGUGUAGAGCCGAGCUGGAACCAGAGCUGCACUGCUACCUCGCACCGGCCCAGGCUCGGCGGGGAGUGUGUGUGUGGGUGAAUGCGUGGUUUGUGUGUGCUGUGUGUGCACAG